UUGUGGCGGCGGUUUCUGUGUUGCAGGCUAGCGUCUCUUGUCUGCUGGAGCGGCGGGUCACCCAGCGGCAUCAUGGUCGAGGAGGUGCAGAAACAUUCUGUGCACACACUUGUGUUCAGGUCACUGAAGAGAACCCAUGACAUGUUUGUAGCUGAUAAUGGAAAACCUGUGCCUUUGGAUGAAGAGAGUCACAAACGGAAAAUGGCAAUCAAGCUGCGUAAUGAGUAUGGUCCUGUGUUGCAUAUGCCUACUUCAAAAGAAAAUUUUAAAGAGAAAUAUCCUCAGAAUGCAUCGGAUUCCUAUGGUCAUAAACAAUAUCCUGCCAAUCAAGGACAAGAAGUUGAAUAUUUGGUGACAGGGGUUGCUUUGACUGCAGAUACUAAGAUCCAAAGAAUGCCAAGUGAAUCAGCCGCUCAGUCCUUAGCUGUGGCAUUACCUUCUUCUCAGACCAGGGUUGACGCAAAUCGUAAUGCACCUGCUGGAGGUGAAUACCGACAUCCGGCGGCUGCUGACCGUUCACAGCCUGCAGGGAUGACUUCAGCUGUUAUGGAGGCUGGCAAUGCCAAGAACUCUGCACUGAUGGCUAAAAAAGCCCCUACAAUGCCCAAACCCCAGUGGCACCCACCAUGGAAACUGUACAGGGUGAUCAGUGGACAUCUUGGCUGGGUUCGCUGUAUUGCUGUAGAACCUGGAAACCAGUGGUUUGUAACUGGAUCUGCUGACAGAACUAUAAAGAUCUGGGACUUGGCUAGUGGCAAAUUAAAACUGUCAUUAACUGGGCACAUUAGUACAGUGCGUGGUGUGAUAGUAAGCACACGGAGCCCUUACCUGUUCUCCUGUGGAGAAGACAAACAAGUCAAAUGCUGGGAUCUUGAAUAUAAUAAGGUUAUAAGGCACUAUCAUGGACAUCUGAGUGCAGUGUAUGGUUUGGAUUUGCACCCAACAAUUGAUGUGCUGGUAACCUGUAGUCGAGAUUCAACUGCACGGAUUUGGGAUGUGAGAACUAAAGCCAGUGUGCACACAUUAUCUGGACAUACAAAUGCAGUUGCUACAGUGAGGUGUCAAGCUGCAGAACCACAAAUUAUUACUGGAAGCCAUGAUACUACAAUACGAUUAUGGGAUUUGGUGGCUGGAAAAACAAGAGUCACAUUAACAAAUCACAAAAAAUCCGUCAGGGCUGUGGUUUUACAUCCUAAACAUUACACAUUUGCAUCUGGAUCUCCAGAUAACAUAAAACAGUGGAAAUUCCCUGAUGGAAGUUUUAUUCAAAAUCUUUCUGGUCAUGCUAUUAUUAACACACUGACAGUAAAUUCUGAUGGAGUGCUUGUUUCUGGAGCUGACAAUGGCACUAUGCAUCUUUGGGACUGGAGAACUGGCUAUAAUUUCCAGAGAGUUCAUGCAGCUGUGCAGCCUGGAUCUUUGGAUAGUGAAUCAGGAAUAUUUGCUUGUGAUUUUGAUCAGUCUGAAAGUCGGUUACUAACAGCUGAAGCUGAUAAAACCAUUAAAGUGUAUAAAGAGGAUGAUACAGCGACAGAAGAAACUCAUCCAGUCAGCUGGAAGCCAGAAAUUAUCAAGAGAAAGAGAUUUUAA